AUGGACCUUCACAUCGGCCCCGAGUUCGAGGUCUUCGCGAACGCCCUCGAUGACUGCCUCGCACCUCAUGGCUCGCUUGACGACAAGCGCACGAGGAUACUGAGACUGGUGACCGCCUACUACGAUUAUGCCGAAGAAAAGCUGGCGCAUUUACGCAAUCAGGCCCGCCAAGGCUCCGUUGGCGACACCGAGAUGGACCUCGACGAUGACGAAGAGGCCGACCCAACGCCGAGCUUAGAAGAAAUUCGAGCAUGGGAGCAAGAAAGGCAAACAUGGGACCUCGCACGUCGGCUAAUUCCCUUGAGAUAUCCCUCACAAACACCCAUGAACCGGAAACCGUCAGAUGCCGUGGUAGCAAAUCAAACGAGCGGCAAUAUUUGGAGCGAUUUCCUAGAGAAGGACCAGUUGGCUGUGGAGAGGAAAACAGUCUUGGAAUGGCUCCAACAUGGCGCGAGAGACGGGCCCGAUAUUGACGAUCUGGUCCGGGAGCUGCAGCAGAACGCCGACAGAGGAGACAUUAUCGCUCAUGGUUGGAUUCACACGAGGUCCGCCAUCAAGCUGCAGAAGGGUGUCAUAGGCUCAGCGCGUCCACUGGAUGUUCAGUUUCCAGAAGUUGCGCGUUCACUUGUCAACUCAGACAAGGCGCCGCUUGUCGCCGAGCUGGAUCCAGAUGCCGUAACCAGGCAGGGACGAAAGCUUGAACCGCAAGACGAGUACUUUGAACGAGCGAUAUGGGUUGGUUGCUUCCAGCUCCUCCGUAGAGGCAGCAACUUGGAGGCCAUACGGGAGUGGUGUCUAGAGAGGACGGAAGUUUGGAGGGCGGUGUCAAUGUCUGCCCUGCCUCUUGCGAACGAGCACGGUGUGACAAAGUUGGUGGACGAUCCGCCUGCUCUCGCCCUUUGGAGACGCAUGUGCUUUGCACUUGCUCGUCAGGGCGGCUCUGAUGACAUUGAAAGAGCCGUCUACGGAGUGCUGUCAGGAGACAUCCCGAGCGUGCAAAAAGUAUGCAAAACAUGGGACGACUUCAUGUUCGUGCACUACAACGCUCUCGUCCGGACCCAAUUCGACGCAUUCAUGUUGGGCCAGUGCUCCCCAGAAGUAUCGGCCUCCCUCCGCUCGUCUUUCGCUGCCUUCGACGCUGUUCAAUUCCACGGUGACCCAGUUACAUUGGAGCAGCGUCUGGUCAAGUCGUUGGAGACCAACCCGCACACGAACAAGGAAGCAUUUGAGCCUGUAAAGGCGCUUCAGGCUGCCAUCAUAUCCAAAGAUCUCGAGCGCCAUUUUUACGAACAGGGCGUAGCCGUUACCCAGAAGGCCAAUUCGGAGGAGCCAUCGGCUCUUAUGCCUGAUGAUAGCUGUCGCAAUGUCAUCGUGCCACAUGAGAAGUUUGCUGACAUGCACUCCCCCGACCGCCUGCGGCUCGCAGUGCAUGCUCUCAUCAUCUUCGCCACCUUGGACAAGCUUGGAACACCAGCGGUGUCUCCCACGCUCAGUGCCGACUAUGAUCGCCGCAAACUACAGGAAAAUGCGAUCACGGCGUACAUCAGCUUGCUUCGCCUAGCGGGCUACGAUGAGCUGAUCCCCCUUUACUGCUCCCGACUUGACCAUUCGAGGGCGUUCCAAGUUCUGAGUACCAAUAUCCUGCCGAUCACAGAUCAUGAAGCUCGUCUUCUCCAGCUCAGCCUCAUCCGCAAAGCCGGACUUGAUGUGCUGCAGUUUGUCAGAACUCAGCCGCAGCUUCUGUUCAAAGCGCUGGGGAACGAGAUUGCGGAUUCCUAUCCUGCCAAAGGGCAAUUCCAGAUCAUGGAACAAGCACCGGCAUCCCUAAAAUAUGGACGCGCCAUCAAGACGGACUUCUUUGGAGAAGACCCUGAGUCUAUUGAUGCUUCUGACGAUCGCCUUAUUCGUUCCGUCGAGUGGCUCUUGUUGGUUGAUGAGGCUUGGCCGGAUGUUUUUGGUGUGGGUGUCGCGGUGUAUAAGUAUUUCCUAAAGCACAUGCGUCUCAAUGCCGCCAGGAGCUUGGCAAACCGGGUACCGUUUGGCACCAUCAUGCGGCAACGGAUGGAUUUCUCAGAUCAAGACGAGAACGAGUCGUGGUCUGAUGAUGCGGAGUUCUGGGCCAGCCAGAUUGAAACGGCGGAUGUGUCUCGACUUUCCCCCUCCCGGCUUGCUUCGGAGGCACGAACACUGCGCGAUCUCGAGUACCUUGUGAAGGCCUUGGACACAAUGGAGACUAUCGCGUCACUUGCGGAGCUUUCAAAGGAGGACCCGUCCGUCAAGAGAGACUUCUGGACCAAGGUCGGCAAUGAAGUCAAAUGUGCCAAGGAUCACGUGAAGCCAUUGUUGAAGAACUGGCUUUUGGGCUCAGACGACCAGGAGUUGGAGAUUCUGCGCGACGCAUAUUUGCCCGAGACUCUCCUCGCAUACAUCAGUACCUUGCACUUCGCUGGCACCACCCUCACGAGGGACAACUUCUUGGAGUGCAUGGAGCUGGCGGCUACUAUCGCUGAAAAGGACUCGGACAUUGCGGCCUGCUUCGUCAAAGCCGGCAGAAUGAAGGAGUUGGUUGAGUCGUUUGCCGGCUGCAGCAAGGCCCUUGCCAUCGCCUCAGGGGAGAAGAAGGCAGUUAAUUCAAGCAGCAAGAAGCUGCGGGAAAUGGGUUGGUCCCGCGAUUUAUGGAAACAAGACCUUGCCGACAUCGCAACGAACUCGGACCUCCUCAACUCUCUCACCCAUGCGCCGAGUACGAUUCACCCCUCUCUAGCCUCGUCCCAUCAAGCUCUCCAGGCCGCCUUGGCCGAGAACCUCGACAUCGCUGGUCGCCUCGUCGGGCUCGAGGCUAGAUUAGCACACCAGCGGUCAACUGCACAAGCACAGCUUCUCUCGACACAUGCUCUGGAGCGCCAGUGGCGGCAGAAACAGUCAGAUAUGGACCAUGCGCUGGCGCCUUUUUCACCGGCCUCGCUCUACCAGAGACUAGGGCAGGGGGUGCACGAACAAGCUUCCGUGUGCCAUGUUCUGGAAGAGAGCUUCAUCGAUGGAGAGGGUGAUGGUGCUUUUGCAUCUGAGAGGGAAACCCUAGACUGGAUUAAGAGAUAUAGGGACGCCAAGGUGCUUUAUUAUUUGCGGCAGGAGAGAAAGGAGCGCUGGGAUGAGGGACGAGUUGGUGGCUGGCGGUGA